AUGGGAGAAAGAGUUAUAAUCCCGAAAGAACUGAGAGCCAGAGUGCUCAAGGAACUGCAUAUUGGUCACCCAGGAAUCGUGAGGAUGAAAAAGCUUGCUAGAAGCUAUGUGUACUGGCCAAACAUUGAUGACGAUUGCCAAAACAUGGUGCGUAACUGUUCGAAGUGUCAAGAAUAUGCGAAAAAUCCCAUAAAAGUGCCAUUGGAGUCAUGGCCAACUCCUUCUCGUGCCUGGCAAAGAAUACAUGUGGAUUUCGUGACCGAUUAUCGUAGGGCUGCUACUGAACGUGGUAAUGUGUGGAAAGCCCCACACUUCACAUGGAAGCAAGGAGUUGUCGCAGAACGACUUGGGAAAGUUAACUAUGAGGUCGUCGUUGAAGGAAGGCUGAUGCGGAAACACGCUAAUCAAUUACGACACAGCAACACAACCGCAAGCUGGAAAUGUGAAGACAAUUCGUUGAAAACCCUGCUCGACGUGGUAGAAUUGGAUGACAAUCGGCUAAGAAGCAGCGACAAGGUUGCUAGUGAUUUGGACGUCAACACCGCUAUACCGUGCUCUCCAGAACCAUCACUGCGACGGUCGACUAGAAUACGAAGACCCGUGAAACGAUAUGGCAUUGAUGUGUAG